AUGGAUUCUGAAGCGCCCCAUACUCGGCAGUCCUCAAUAGUUGUCUCAGUUCGAGUGCGGCCAUUCACGGUGCACGAACGGGCCCACCUGGUCAAUGAGCAAAACAUAUUCGGGAAUUUGCAGUUGGGCGAUCCCAACCUCACGCUGCCGGGAGUCGAAAAUUCGACUCCAACCAAGAUUGCACCUUCGAGGCACCGGCCUCAAGGCGUACGGCAGAUCGUGGACUGCGUUGACGAUAAAAUGCUAAUAUUCGACCCUGCAGAAAACAAUCCUCUCAGUCGCAUUAGCGAGAAUGUCCUCAAUUCCAUUACCACACCGCCUCCUAGUCAUGGGCCGCGCUCCAUGAACAGUAGACGCAGUGGCGAGCAAAAGUUUGUCUUUGACAGGGUCUUUGACAUGCAUGCUUCUCAAGAAGAAGUUUACGAGGCGACCACGAGGCCGCUUCUUGAUUCAGUUCUCGAUGGUUUCAACAGUACUGUUUUUGCAUAUGGCGCAACUGGUUGCGGCAAGACGUAUACCGUCAGUGGAACAGCAGAGAACCCAGGGAUCAUUUUUUUAACUAUGCAGGAGCUCUUUGCUAAAAUGGAGCAGCUCAAAGACACCAAAAAGUUUGAGCUCACUGCUUCAUACCUCGAGAUUUACAACGAAAGCAUACGGGACCUUCUGGAACCGGAAACACCAAGCAAAAAACUUGUUCUACGCGAAGACGUGCACCGACACAUAACCGUGGCCAACUUAUCCCACCAUCCUCUUUUUACGGUUGAGGACGUUAUGGAUUUAGUGGUGAAGGGCAACAUUAAUCGAACAACCUCUGCUACCGACGCCAACGAAACGUCUUCAAGAUCGCAUGCAGUUUUACAGGUUCAUAUUACUCAGAAAAAUCGGACUGCUGAACUCACCGAAGACCACAAAUUUGCUACAUUAUCUCUCAUUGACUUGGCUGGAAGCGAGAGAGCGUCAGCUACAAAAAAUCGAGGCGAGAGGCUUCAUGAAGGUGCUAACAUAAACAGAUCUUUAUUAGCAUUAGGAAACUGCAUAAAUGCCCUGUGCGCUGGGGGGAAAAGAGGGGGAGGGUUUCACGUUCCGUACCGUGACUCUAAGCUCACGCGACUGUUGAAAUUCUCGCUCGGCGGUAACUGCAAAACGGUCAUGAUAGUCUGCAUUUCUCCGACAAGCAACCAUUACGAUGAAACGCUUAAUACUCUCAAGUACGCCACACGCGCUAAGGAAAUUAAAACCAAGAUUAUAAGAAACCAGCACUCGUUGGAUCGUCAUGUGGGUUCAUACCUCAAAAUGAUUACGGAACAGCGGCAAGAAAUAGAAGAGCUGCGAAGUCGGGAACGCAAAAUGAUCGACUUGGAGCUGAGCAGGUACAAAAUAUCACGCGAAAGAGUUCAUAUGUCUGUUUGGGACAGUGUGCAGUCGCUCCGCCAAAAUUACAAAACAUCGGAGAAAUUUCACCACUUGAAGGUAAUCAAAUCGCUUAUGCUGUGCAAAAGGCGCUUUUUACAGAUGGUCGGAGUCGAGCUCGCCGUCCUCCUCAAGUUCACUUCUCCAAACUCUGAUAUCCACGUCAAUUGCAUGGCACUUCACGAGCAGUUAGUGCAAAAGGUCAAAAACCUGGAGCAAAGCUUUGACAGUCCUGAUGAGCUUGAGUCCGCCUUGGAGCACACACGGCAAGUGGAUCUUGUCAAGCUGCAAGAAAUGGAAGGGUGGGCUGAGUCUGACCUGGUAUGGUACGAAUCGCUCCUGAGCUGGGUUUCGGAGUCAGUUCGUAACGAGAUUCUUGUUGGAUCUUCUUUGAUGAUGGAGCGGCUGAUGGAGGACCAUGUUCUGCUGGACCGUCUCAAGUUUAUAUCGGAGACGCUGCUACGCUUCACGCACACUGCCGAAGGUAGUGAUGAACAUUCGUUUGAUUUUGACAGCCUUACGGAACAACUGCACGGGCAAAUUCGGGAUCUUAUUAACAUCGAUGACGAAUUUGAUCGCUUCGCGGCCAGCGUACAGACGACGAUGGUGGGCACGAGGGACCGCACACUAGUCAGUGCGGAGGCGCUACAGGAACGUAACUUCCGAAAGGGCGCGCUAUCUUUACAAGUGCCGCAUCACCGCAAGCAGGCACGUGCAAAGGUGGUCAAAUCUAGCAGUGGAACUCCGUCUCCGGUCCAGCGCUCAAGGACAAGCCAAGGUUCAAAAGCCGCCAAAAAGGUGAGGUGGUCAGAGGUCUUACCUGGGAAUGAUACUUCCUCAAUGAUGAUGGAUGAUGACAAUCCACAAACCCAGCAUUCUACUCACAUCACCGCUUCAGAGGAGGACAUCAGUAUGCUCGAUGCAGCUGAUUCGGCUGUUGCACCCUCAGAGGGAAUUUACAAUUUGCAUCCCACCGUCGCCCCACGGGACAUCCCGCCACCACCACGCAAAGUAUCUUUAACAGCGACGGCGCUGGUCCGUGGCAAGUAG